UUCCCGGGGAGGAGGGCGGGAGGCGGAAGAGGUGUGUUUUCACCGCCUCGAGUUUCCUCCACACGAAGAAAAACACGAAGGACGAAGAAAACAAGGGGGAAGAGUCGAAGUGGGCAAAGUUUAGACCGUUCAUCUGCUCGCUCCAUGUUUGUUCUGGACUCGGGUUCGGCUGAAACUUGGACACGGAAACAGACGAGUUGAGACCACAGUCCACCUCAAAGCAAACACUGCGCGAGACUCCUGACCCCACCUGAGCGGCUCCGAGACCAUCUGCUGAUACUUGAUCGUCGCCUGGUUCGGUGCGAGGUCCGGAUGGGCAACAGCAGCAGUGACCGCUCCAGCGGUGAGAGGUCCUACAGAGAUGGACACCCAGGAGGGAAAGAAGCUCGUCCCAACAUCAUGAUGGACAGCACAGAGGACUCGGACCUGUUCCACAGAGACGACCCCAAGGCUUCACCGGACAUACAGGAGUUCCUGGCGUGGCAGCAGGACCUCGACUGCGACAGUAAAAACCUGACGCAUGCCCGACCCACAGUGUUCAGGUGGGCAGGUGCCGCCAAGGAAGUCUUUGUGUCUGGCUCUUUUAACAACUGGGCCACCAAGAUCCCGCUCAACCGAAGUCAGAAGAACUUUGUGGCUAUAGUGGAUCUGCCGGAGGGAGAGCACCAGUACAAGUUCUGUGUAGACGGUCAGUGGACUUUGGAUCCAGCUGGGCCCGUAACAACCUCUAAAACUGGAACAGUCAACAAUGUCAUCCAGGUGAAGAGAACCGACUUUGAGGUUUUUGACGCCCUCAGGCUUGACUCCCAGGAUUCAGCAGACCUGUCUGACUUGUCCAGUUCCCCGCCCGGUCCCUACCAGCAGGACGGCUAUAUAAUUAAACCAGAAGACAAGAUCAAGCAGCCUCCCUUCUUACCGCCCCACCUGCUCCAAGUGCUGCUCAACAAGGACACGGGUGUCUCUUGUGACCCGACACUGCUUCCAGAGCCCAACCAUGUGAUGCUCAAUCACCUGUAUGCCCUCUCCAUCAAGGAUGGGGUGAUGGUCCUCAGUGCGACACACCGAUACAAAAAGAAGUAUGUGACUACUCUUCUGUACAAGCCAGUAUAACCUCCAGAGGCACACGACCCAGCUAACGUUAAAAUGAAGUGUUCAACUAUACAGCUGCUAUUAUUUGUA